AUGGCGCCGCAGAAGCGCAAGCAGCCCCAUGAUGUGCCGCCGCCAGCUCCCACCACCACCAUGUCCGAGACUGCCCCGCGACGAGCGACGCGACAGGCCGUCGCAGCAACGGCAGAAUCCAGCACCGAGCCAGAAAGGCAGCGCAGAAGCGGUCGUAUACGCGCCAAUACACUGGAGGACCCUCAGCACAACAUAACGAGCUUGGACACCCCCGAGGCGAAGCGUAAUGACGCGUCCAAGAGCAACAGCAGCAGCAGCAACAACAACAGCCGGGCCGGGCCUGCCCCACCAUCAAAGUUGACCAGGAGGACAGCGACAGCGACAGCAACAACGACAACGACAACGAGAGGACAGACGGCGGAAUCAGAGACACACGCACGAUACGAACCAGAACCAGGCCCAUCCAUAGUGGUAAAGACCGACAAGAAGCGAGCGACGCCGUCGCAGCCGAGCACAAGGCAAAUUGCCGUGCCACCGCCCGUGACACAAACACCGUCACCCACGGCACCGAAGACGGCGAAGAAGGUCCACGUUCAAGCAAACACAUCGCGGCCACGGUCCUAUGUGCCACAGCCCAGACCGCCUGCGCAAGCAUAUCCACAAGCGCCAGCGAGCAGCUUGAUUGACCCGGCCAGUGCUUCCACUAUUACGCCGAAACGCCGAGCGUCUGCUGUCGCAAUUGCGAAGACGCCAGGGACGCCGCACACAGACCGCAACAUUGACAAGGUCGUGUUGGGCAAUAUCUGUUUCAAGACAUGGUUUCCGUCAUAUUACAGUAAAGAGGUGCUGGGCGAGGGCUCAGGCAACUUUGGUGCCAAGGACCACCAUGGGGGAGCAAAGAUGGGAGGCGGCAAGAAGGAGAAGGAGGCCAUGCUGGACAGGCUGCAUGUGUGCCCCUCAUGCUUCAAGUAUUCCAAGGAGCUGCUAUCCUGGACGGGACACAUGAGGUAUUGUCAGAGUAGAGCAUACGUACCAGGCACGAAGGUGUAUACACAUCCCAAGGGCUCAACUCUAGCAAAACGCCAUGCAACGAAAAGUGAGGUGCCUGCUAAUGAUCCCGAGGGCGAAUGGAGUGUGUGGGAAGUUGACGGAGAGCGCGACGUGUUGUUUUGUCAAAACCUUUCCUUAUUUGCAAAGUUCUUUCUAGACAACAAGUCAGUGUUCUUCGACGUUACGGGUUUCACAUACUUCUUGCUCGUCUACACCCCACCGCCGGGUCCAACCGGCAAAGGCGCCGCUCCAAGCAUUUGUGGGUUCUUCUCGAAAGAAAAGAUGUCAUGGGACAAUAACAAUCUCGCAUGUAUUCUCGUCUUCCCUCCUUGGCAACGGAAAGGCCUGGGCGCUCUGCUCAUGGGCGUUUCCUACGAGAUCUCCAAGCGCGAGGGCGUCAUCGGGGGUCCGGAGAAACCCAUAUCAGAGCUUGGUCGCAGGGGCUAUAAGAGGUACUGGGCCGGCGAGAUCGCAAGAUGGCUUCUCAGCGUAGAGCCCAAGGAUAAGAGCAGCAGUAAGAACGAGGAGUUGUUAGUCGACAUUGAGGAUUGUAGCAAGGCGACGUGGAUAGUGCAGGAGGACUGCCUUGCGAUACUAAGAGAGAUGGACCUGGUGGAGGAGGCAGGAAUGGGACCACCGAAGCCGAAAGAGCCCGAAGAAGGCGAGGACCAAGAGAUGGCGGAGCCAGAGGUAGUUGAUGUUCCUCGUGUCAGAAUUGAUAAAGAGGCCGUGCGGCGCUGGGUCCGAGACAAUAGGAUUGACCUUGAGAGGGUAUGUGAUCCCGAUGGGUUUGUGGAAGGAUAUGCGAUGAAGAAGGAUGAGGUUGAAGAGGAGGAAUAG